UGGACAGCUUCUGUGUGCUGCAUUGAGUGGUGCAUAGUGAAGUGUCUUGGAACGCUGUGAUUCAAUUCCUUCCCUGAGAGGUUUGGGAGACGGGCACCACCCUGCAAGGAAAGAGCAGAAGUCACUCUUCAUCUGCAAAAACAGAAAUAUUCCAGGCGUGCAAAGAUGCCUCGGUCAUUCCUUGUCAAGAAGUAUUUCACCAACAAGAGGCCAAAUUACAGCGAGUUGGAAAGCCAGAAUGCAGUCAUACCAGAGUGCUAUCCUCUUGCUGAGCUCCCGAUGAGGGACAACAACUCUGUGCUGACCUACUACCCCACCGCCCUGCUCUUCAACGUGGACGCCCUCCCAGCACCUCUCUCCCCUGUGUCCCCCGUCUCCCUCAUGGGUCCUGUGGACCUCAGCAGCUCCCCCUCCAGCAGCAGUGGGGAGGAUGAGGAGGAGGCAGGGCGCACAUCGGACCCCCCCAGCCCUGUACCCCCCCACCACAUCUACCACUGCCUCCACUGCAGUAAGACCUAUAGCAGCCCCUCAGGCCUCUCCAGGCACCAGCUCACCCACUGCCCCAGGGGCAGCGAGAUCAGCUCCGUACCCAGCCAGGCCUUGCCUCGACCAGCCUUCCACUGCAAAAACUGCCCAAAGGAGUACACCAGCCUUGGGGCUCUGAAGAUGCACAUCCGCUCACACACCCUGCCCUGCGUCUGCACCACCUGUGGAAAGGCCUUCUCCAGACCCUGGCUGCUCAGAGGACACAUCCGCACGCACACUGGUGAGCGUCCGUUCUCCUGCCAACACUGUAACCGUGCAUUUGCGGACCGCUCCAACCUGCGGGCCCACAUGCAGACCCACUCUGAGGUGAAGAAGUACCAGUGUGGUUCCUGCUCUCGCACCUUCAGCCGCAUGUCCCUGCUACACAAACACACUGCCUCCGGCUGCUGCCCUGCCUCCUAGACACACACCGACCCAGCGGCUUAGAACGUUUGGCCGAAGAUGCCACGGUUGUUCAAUUCCCCAUAAGGGAUGUUUACUGCGAUACAGACUGUAAGUUGCUCUGGGUGAAAGUAGGAACCGACUGUAGUGGGUUGAAAGACCCAGGACCACUCAGACAAUGUUUAGGGGGGAAUGGAUCCCCAAACACUGUCAUCCAUCAAUUUGGAGGGCUAUUAGGCACCCCCAUUGAGCAACCUCAUGGCCUGAAGGACAGGGAUGGGAGGGU